GCCUUCACACACGAUUAAGGAGGAAAUGAGAGCGAUGCCUGUUGCCUUUCCCACGAAGGCUUGGAACCCACACACGCAACCCUCUCUCUCGUUUCCUCCCCUGCCGAUUUGCCGCCGCCUCCGCCUCCGCCAAAUCCACAUCGCCGAUGUGCCCCGUUGCCGGAACGAGACAGGGGGGAUGGGAGCCGGAUGAGGGUGGAGUCGCUUUCCGUGGCCGCGGUGGGCGGAGGGCGAGGGCGAGAUGGGAGGCGGGACGAGGGCGGCGUGGCAUUCCGUGGCCGCGGUGGCCGGUGGGCGAGGGAGAGAGGGGAGGCCGGACGAGGGAGGCGUGGUGUUCCGUGGCCAGAGUUCGCCAGGAGAGGGUCCAGGCUGCUCUACGAGGUUCUUCUCCGGCGACGACGCGACAGAGUUUCGCUGUCAACAAGCUCCUCUCACACCCAUCUUCUUCUCCCCUUGGUUCGGUUCGAUUCAAUUUGGAUGCUGCGUUGCUAUUACUCGCGCAAGUCUGAUUCAUUUUCUCACACAGGUCGUCAACGCCUGUAGCUGGCUGCGACCAAGCACGAACCGGCUACCUCUAGAUGGGCACUGGCUGCUCCACGCACGGACGGCAAGCACGGCGACCAUGACCAAGGAGGAGGGUAUGAUGUGGGAUUUGAGGGAGCGUAUGAAGAGCAAAAUGAUGAAAUCCAUCAGGUCUCUGCUAUGUAAGCUGGAAGCUGGCAUCUUGAUGUUUGUUAUCCCCAUCCUUCUUGGACACCUGGAAACUCACGGGUGAAUUGUCAGCACAUCAGGAUUUAGAUUGCUGGCCCAACCUUCUCCUCUCGGAUCCAUGCUCUUGGAUACAUGAGUACUGAUGUUUGGACCACCUAUUAAAGAUUUAGGUGAUGUGUUAAGGUAUGCUUUGUCCACACACCAGAAAACUGAGGAUGUCACCGAAAAUCUCAAGGUUAGUAGUAUCAGCACCUUGGAUUCAGUUGAAUGAUUCGAGCUUUCGAGCUGGUAGCAGAGAUCUAAAUUUUCUUAGAAAAGUAGAAAACAACUAUAUGUUUUCUCAUGUUUAGGUAUUCUGCUUUGCUAAUUUUCGAGUUCCCUGGUUUUUGCUGGUCUAGAAUCCUAAUUGUUUUAACCCUUUGCUAAUUGUAGAAUUAUAUGUUAAGAAGCAAAGUUAUGCGAGCACCAUUGGUUUGUGCAAGCGUUGCCGCCUCAACCGGCCGGGCCAAGCUCCAACCCACCAGCGAGACGUUAUGGUUUCGUUUGGACUCCUCCUGCACCAAGAGGCCGGAUGAAACCCACCACCAACACAAUGCUGUUUUGCCUGUCGAGCCCAUUUUUAAUUGCCGCAGAUCUGACCAGGUACCAUGCUUUCUCUCCUCUAUAAGCAUCACCUCUUUCAAACUUACCAAAUCCGCAUAUUUAGUUCCACAGAUCUAAUUCAUACUGCACACUUUUGAAGUAUCCUAUACAGUGUGUAUGCAAAUGAGGCUAGAGGUAUAUAUCCUACCAUGAACUAAGAAUCUAUGGUAAAAAUACAUGCUCAUGGUACUGCAGGUUCUUGUAGUCCACUUGAAAUGUUUGUCAUAAUCUGAUCUCGUUUCGAAUGUUUAUGUGUUGCUUUUCUCCAAUUCCUCAACUGGUAUUGUACGAUUAGUUCAAGAGUCAUCUCAUGAACAUAAUAGCAGCACCAGUAAGAUGUGCUUGAGGGGUUGUUACAACCCUUGUACACCAGCUACUUUUUUUAUUUUUAUUGCGUAAUGGACAAAACUUUGGCCAGCUGAUGUUCGUAACCAGUUAAUUUGUUGGGUACUUUACAUGGCAUUUUUCUAUUAAUAUAUGUUCUAGGUUUUCUGAAACCAAGCUCAAAUAAUCUUAAAUGUGUGCAAGUUGGGAAAAUAUGAAGGAGAACCUGGGAAACAGCGCACCCUAUAUGCAAAAAAAAUUAGUAAUUCAAAAGAGUUUAAAAAAUUCUGAAUCUCUGGUAUCAAGCAUGAUCAAAUAUUGUAGUCAUACAAAAAGAUUGGUUUGGUCAGAGAAUGACUUUCGUUGUAGCAAAAAAAGCUAUAUAUAAGUACUAUACAUGCUAUAUUAUCGUCAUAAACUUGUCUUUUUUGCCCUGAAGUCAAUAUGAAUCAUUUUUUGUCCAAACUGUUUAUAUGAGUACAAUACCUGAUCAUGUUUGAUUCCAAAAAAGAUUUGGAAUUUUCUGAUUUGUUUUUAAUUACUAAAGACUCUACUGAGACAAAAAGAUGGGCUGUCAAAAAGAUAGAGGAGGUAGGAUGGGCAGUUGGUCAGAUCUAGUAUGGAUCGUACAUGGACGAUAGUUGGAGUCGGCGGCUCUCCUAGGCU